AUGUUGGUGGUGCUCACCAGACAGGCCCCUCUCUCAGAGACUGCGGGAAAGAGCUGGCAGAUCAUCCCAUGGGCAUCUGAGUGCGUGAACUCGGGUGAGCUGGGGAGCCUCAGGGACCCCAACCUGGAUGCCCCUGCGGAUGCUGUGCUCCGUGUGGCUCAGCUCGCCCUCAGCUGCACCGUGGAGUGCACUGCAGCUCGCCCAAGCAUGGCAGAAAUCGCCAAUCAGCUGCAGGCUAUCCGGGAUGAAGUGGUGGGGAAAGAGGAGCUGAGGGCGGCUGUCAAGGUGGAUUCUCAAGUUCAGGAGAUGAAGGAAGCUUUCGUGGGUAUUGAGGGCCCCGAAACAGAAAUCCAGAUGAUGGGGGACAGCUUUGCUGAGGAAAACCCGGUGUGA